AGGUAUCCCACAUUGUUCUCCUCACGUUUUCGUAAGUCUCUAUGACGCGUCAUUUCUCUCCUGUCUUCUCCCGCAAAACAGGAAACGAAUUUGAAUGAUCACAAAUCCUUCAACAUUGCGACUUAGUUUCAUGUUUUGAUUCCUGUUGCCUUCUAGGUUGCAUUUCCAGCUUUCUUGUGUUCAUAAUCUCGUACGUACGUACAUUGUUCAGCUUUGGUUAUUAAUUGAUUCAAGUACGUACGUACGUACGUUUUUCCGUGUUUCUUUAUUGGCAUUGUGUCGAACAGUGGAAGAGCAAGCGAGCGAUUGGGUUGUGUUUUGUAUAAAUAUACAGAUAUAUUUGUGAAGUUUUUUAUGGUAUCCGAUGAAAUGAGAAAAAAUGUAAGGGAAAGAUAUGAUGGAAAUGAGAAAUGGUUAUGGCGUAGUUAUUUUGGUUCUGAUUUGCGCAUUGGCCAUAGAGUUUGUCGAAUGUAGGAAGAGGAUACCACAGACUUCUUUUGACAACGAAGGUGGAUGGAAAUCUCCUCAGAUGAAUGAACAAAUGGCAGAGCAGAUAUGGAUUUAUUGCCGGAAAGAAUUGAUAAAGAUAUAUGAUUUUGGAAAAUAUAUCCCACAGGAAGGAACCAUGGACUUGAAAUCAACAGUGUUGACAAAAGGAGAUAUUCAUGACGACAUAAAUCUUAUGCCUCCCCAAAUGAAGCGAACACUUUCGGGUUGCAUAAGAAGGGAAAGUCUUCGUUUUCAUGUUUAUGUCAAGGAGGGUAGCUUUGAGCAUUGGUUCCUCAAGGAUAUUGAGUUGCUAUGCAGUUUGCCAAGUGCUCCUAGAAGAAACCUGAUUAGUGAGCGACCUCCACUGAGAUCAAAAAUACGAGCACCAAUUUUUGCUUCAGACGCUGCACCCGAGACAAUAAGUUCAGCUUCAGCGCUUGAAAGCUCUAGAUUUCGAAGUCUGAGGUCAAGUGAACGUCAAACCGAAGAGGACCAUGGUGAUGGUAGCAGGCACAUGGAAAUCAUUAUUGCUUGUGCUACAACUGCAGUGAUGACAUUUGCUCUUGUUGCUCUGUUAUUCUUCUUUUGUUUCACAAAUCCCCAAAACAGAAUUAGUCCUGAAGAUGAACAGAAAGAUGAUAGGCCUCUUCUCAACUUAAGCUCAUCUGCUGGUUCCUCGCAGAAGUUUAUGAAUUUGGAAGGUCCUUGUGACGAACAACCUACUAAUGAUGGACAAAAUAAUUCUUUUAUUGUAAGAACUUCGUCCAUGAAUGCUGAUAAUAAUAAGUCAUCGCCUUCUGAACCUUCAUCAGCAGAAGCAGCUUCAGGACUUGAUAAAAAACUACCUCCUGAAAUACAAGCUCCUCCACCUCCUACACCACAACCUCCUCCUCCUCAUUCAAAAGCGCCUCCACCAUCUCCUCCACCUCAUCCAAAAGCUCCUCUACCACCUCCAGUAGUACCUAUUCCACCUCCAAAACCAAUCCCAGGUAAAAAGCAACCUUCACCUCUUGGACCUCAUCGCCAAGCACGGAGUGGGAGAGGUGAGCCUGAUGAUCAAUCUGGAAAAACCAAGCUAAAACCAUUAUUUUGGGAUAAGGUUCUUGCCAGCCCUGAUCACGCAAUCGUCUGGAAUGAGAUCAGAGCUGGUUCAUUCCAGUUCAAUGAGGAGAUGAUAGAGUCUUUAUUUGGUUAUACCGGGGAUAAAAACAAAAAUGACGGCAGAAAACGUUCCAUGUCUUCCGAUUCUACAGACCAGAUUAUUCAGAUUAUUGACAGAAGGAAAGCACAAAAUUUAUCCAUCAUCCUGCGAGCUCUGAAUUUGACAACAGAAGAGGUUGUUGAUGCCCUACGAGAAGGUACUGAGCUUCCGGUGGAACUUCUGCAAUCCUUGUUGAAGAUGGCACCGACAGCAGAUGAGGAACUAAAGCUUAGAUUAUUUUCAGGUGAUGUUUCACAACUUGGGAUCGCAGAGAGGUUCCUCAAAGUCUUGAUCAAUAUCCCAUUCGCCUUUAAGCGAGUAGAGUCAUUGAUAUUCAUGAGUUCCUACAAGGAAGAUUUCUCUUGGAUGAAAGAGUCCUUUAGAACUCUCGAGGUAGCUUGCAACAAACUCAAAAAUAGUAGGCUAUUCCUGAAACUGUUAGAAGCAGUGCUCAAAACUGGUAAUCGGAUGAAUGAUGGUACCUACCGUGGCGGUGCACUGGCUUUUAAGCUUGACACACUCUUGAAACUGUCGGAUGUAAAAGGAACUGAUGGAAAGACCACACUCCUACAUUUCGUUGUUCAGGAGAUCAUUCGUUCUGAAGGCAUAAGAGCUGUGCGUACACAGAAAGCAAGCCAAAGCAUGUCCACUGUGAAGUCAGAAGAUUUUAAUGAGGAACCCAACCUUGACUCAGCUGAUUAUUGCAGCCUUGGCCUUCAGGUGGUUUCAGGUUUAAGCACUGAACUUGAAGACGUCAAAAAAGCAGCAGCAAUAGAUGGUGAUAGCCUAACAUCUGGAGUGUCAAAACUAAGUAAUUCAUUGAGGAAAGCUAGAGAAUUCCUUGACUCUGAGAUGAAAAGUGUUGAAGAAGAGAGUGAGUUCCUUCCAAGACUGACUAAAUUUGUAGAGAGUGCAGAUGCUGAUAUUGUAUGGUUACGUGAAGAAGUAAAAAAGAUAAUGUCUCUCAUCAUGAACACAGCAGAUUAUUUUCAUGGUAAUUCAGGAAAGGAAGAGGGGUUACGUUUGUUUGCAAUUGUACGUGACUUCUUAAUAAUGUUAGAUAAGGCAUGUAAAGAGGUUAAAGACACAACCAAGCCUGUAAAGACAUCCAAGAAAGAGACUCCAACAUCACUACCUAGCUCAGAAAAUCAGCAGCCAUUUUCAGAUAUGCAUCAGAAACUAUUUCCAGCAAUUGCAGAUCAACGAAUGGAAUUUUCCAGUUCAGAUGAUGAAAGCUAGCCCAUCUAUUUGCUGUCAUUCUGUAAAGGUCUGAAGUUUACAAGCUCAUGUCAUAAUAUGAUUAUGGUGACCCUGUUGUGCGAUUGAAGAUCAUACCAAGGAAGAGAUCUGAUACAUUAUCGAAGAAGAUCGAGGUCAGCUAUUGUCUGUGCACUCACAAAAAUUCUGGGCUUUGUGUUUGACAAAAUCUAACUCUGAUAUUCUUGUGAUGACUGCAAUGCAUGAUCACAAGCUUGUGCUAUAUGUAGAUAAUUGGAGGUUUUAAGUCUUUAAAUUUAUUGAGAAGAAUUUUCGUUUCGCAGGUUAGCAAUGUAGCCUUUAUUUCUUGUCUGUAAACACAAUAAUUGUAACUACUGAUGUACAGAAAGACUAGUGUUUUGCAGUUUCUUUCCUUCUCACAAGUUCCAAAA